AAAUUCGUAGCGUCAAAUAACAGAAAACGGAAUGAAUAUUUCAAAAGUACUAAUUUUCUGCUUUAUUUUAUAUAAAUAUGACCGAAAUCUUAGGACUGUAUUGAAAAAAGUCAGUGAUUAACGUGGGGUUUUUUCUUCCAAAACUUGUGGAAUCUAAUCAGUUCAGAGAUAAAAUAAAACUUAAAAGCAGUAUCACAAUCCUUGGAACAAGGAAAACAAAUUCAAAAUAUGCACGAAAGAAAGUCAUGUGGACAGGAAACUAUUGUGUACAAGUCACAUACAAAAAAAAGGAUACGUGUCUCCAAAGACCAUUUAUGAAAUUGUUGAUUGGAGAAACGUUUUUAGAAGUAUAUUAGUACUAAAAAAAAGUAUAUUAGUACUAUUCAAAGCUUUUAAAGGAAAGAAAAUAAAUGUAGGAGAGAUCAUAUUUGACCGAUAACGAGCUUGACUGGUAAUCUGGUAUUGGUGAAGAUGGCAUGAAGUUACACUCUCAUUUUCUAAAUUGCAUAAAUUAUUAAUAAUAUUUUUAUUAUAUAAUAACAUUGACAAAUUAAUGCUUUCCUCUCCACAAGUUGAUUAGCAAGUGUUUUCCUCUCCACAAGCUGAUUAUCAAGUCAAUGUACCUUGACAAAUUAAUGUUCCCUAAUUAUCUUUUCCUCACCAUUUAAAAAUGAUAAAUGAAAUGCUUACUUGGUCAAACUUGUUAAAAAGCCAACGGGAAAUAAUUAUUAUGUUUGUUAUUUAGUAAAAAAUGCAUUCCUUAAUUUACAUUCCAAAAAUUGUUUUCUUUUGUCUUUGACUAUCUUUUGGGUAUGAAUGCGUAUAACAAUUUUGUUCUAUAUUUUCUAACGUUUGAAACUUUGAAUCCGAUCAAAAGUAGUCUCUCUUUCCCCCUCCCUCUGCACCAAUGGCUCAGCGGCUUUUCUCUUCCUCUCAUCUUUCUCAUUCUUCAGCCUCAAACCGUCGUCAUAUCUAUCUCAUGAGCCGCAGUCUACUUCUCCUUGUCGCUCUCCUCCUUCUCCUCGGUGUAUCAUUACGCUGGUCAGCAUCUCCCUUAUUCAUCUUUCCUAACAAAAGCUCUUCUUCUUCUUCUUAUUCUUCUUUGCCCUCCAACUGGCGCGACUAUUCCCUCGCUCAAGCAGCCAAGUUUGUCGCUAAGGAUGGGACUGUGAUCGUCUGCACCGUUAGCUAUCCCUUCUUGCCUUUCUUAAACAACUGGUUGAUCAGCGUUUCUAGACAGAAGCAUCAAGACAAAGUCCUCGUGAUCGCUGAGGAUUACGCUACUUUGUACUUGAUUAACGAGAAGUGGCCUGGCCAUGCCGUUCUCAUUCCUCCAGCGCUCGACUCUCAGACCGCACAUAAGUUCGGUUCCAAGGGUUUCUUCAAGUUUACAUCUCGGAGGCCACGACAUCUCAUGCAGCUUUUGGAGCUAGGCUAUAAUGUGAUGUACAACGAUGUUGAUAUGGUCUGGUUGCAAGAUCCGUUUCAGUACUUAGAAGGAAGCCACGACGCAUACUUCACUGAUGACAUGACUAGAAUUAAGCCUUUGAAUCAGUCCCAUGAUUUACCACCUCCGGAUCGUAAUGGAGUGACUUAUAUAUGUAGCUGCAUGAUUUUCUUGCGUCCCACCAAUGGAGCAAAGCUUCUCAUGAAGAAAUGGAUUAAGGAACUUCAAGAUGGAACUAAAGCAUAUGAAGGAAAUGAUCAGCCUGCUUUUAACUGGGCACUUAACAAGACAGCUAGUCAGGUAGAUUUAUACUUGCUUUCACAGGCAGCAUUUCCAACAGGAGGAUUGUAUUUCCAGAACGCGACAUGGGUUGAAGAGACAAAGGGGAAACAUGUCAUAGUCCACAACAACUACAUAAUGGGUUACGAGAAUAAGAUGAAACGCUUCCACGACUUUGGUCUAUGGCUAGUUGAUGAUCAUGCUUUUGAGUCCCCCUUGGGAAAGUUAGAGUGAAAUUUGAAUGCCUUGUUACUUGUGAAUGUUAUAUGGCUGAUUCAAAACAGAGGUAGUAAAUAAAAGAGAUGUAUAUCUUGAGAUUAUUCGAAUCAUUAUUUUUUAUAACUUUUAUUUAUAUAUAUGUAUAUUCUUCUAAUUUCAUGUAAAUCAUAUAUAUUAUUUAUAAAUAAUAUAAUGAGCGCCUAUCAUCUUCUAGAACACUAAUUUCAUAGUGAUUUAUUUA